GGGGAAGGAUGUCUGGGUGGAGAUCUCUCUCUUGUGGGGUCUUCCCUGGGUGCCUAGCCUUCAGAGAUGGGUGAGCAUUUUUCCUUUGAAACACCGUUGUGUUUGUGCUAAUCUCUUUGCUGUGACGCUUCUUUACCACUGUGUUAAUCUUCCUGAUUGUAACAGUGGGUCACCAAGGACUACAGCAGCAUUGGGCCCUGCUAUCUAACCAUCAGUCCUCCCUGCUGCAGCUCAGUUCUGUGGAAAUCUUGCAGGCUGCAGGGGGUACAAGCCGGUGCUGCUUUAAGAAACACUGCAGGUUAUUAUUGAUCUAAAUCUUAUUUUGCUACUCUGCCACGCCAGCACAAUGUGGAUUGCUAUCUCUCUGUCAGAAGAGAUUCAGGAUUUUCUAUCUGAAGCUACUUUCUGGUGCCUCUCACCAGCUCAGCAUGAAAUCUCACACACUGCUUGCUCAGUUUCCCCACAUGGUGCACUGAGCACCCCAAGCUGUGUCUGCAACGUGCUGCUGAAGUACAGCCACACACCCACAUCUCUACCCUCUCUCAUCCUGGGUGUCGCAGCCCCAGUUGACACAGUAGGGCUGCUCACGACUGCUGUUCUACAUGAGGAGUGGGCAAAAAUCGGAGGCUUUCCUUUUCUGUGUUUCUGGAAGCUAGAUCUCAUGUGCCAAUGCAUUUGUCUGUAACUGAAGAGGGCAGGGAACCACCGAGAAGAGAUCAAGACCCCACUGUUCUGCUUACCUCGGAGGGUCAGAGAAGAAAGAAGGAAUGUAAAUGCUGACGGCAAGCCUGAGCAUCCCUUGCACUGCUGGCUUCUGUGGUGUUACAGUGGAUAUCGCGGUUACCCGGCAGCAGGCAUUUAAAAUUCCCUGUGGUGUUUCACGUUUGUGUGACUCUCUCCUAAUCAGACCAACGACGCAAACUGAACUAUCUCCAGGACCACACUUCUAAUGCCGUGAGCUCGGCGCCAGAGCAUGGCCGGGCCCGGUCCGGGCCUGCAGGGAACCGGCGCCUCCGAAGCCGAGGCUCCGCCGAGCGGGCUGGGCUCGGCACGGGAGAAGAGGCCACGAGAAAACCGCGCGCCUGCCGCCCCGCCUCGUCCGCCGCGCGCUCGGGGCGGCCUCAGAGCCGCGCCUCUCGGGCCACGCCUCCGUUCGCCGCAGUAGCGCAGCGCCGCGCGGCAGCGGAGCCAACCGGGGAGGAGCUCGGUGCGCUUUAAGAGCCGCGCGCCAGUCACGGCGCGCUGCAGCGGCGGCCGUCGCGUUACCAUGGAGACGACGGCCGGACCGGUCGCUAUGGAGACGGCGGCGCCCUGGCUGCCGGGCGGACCGCGCCGCAGGGAGGCGCGGAGGCACGCGCUGCUGGUGGUGAUCGGGGAGGUCGGCACGGAGCCGGAGCGCGGGGCGCUGCGCGGCGCCCUGGAGCGCGGAAUUCGCUCCUGGAAUAUUAACCCUUUGUCCUGCGAUCUGAAUCAGCAACUGCGACUCUUUGUAACCCGGCAUCUGGCCCAGUUUUCUUCAGAAGUCAAAGAGCAAGGGGUGAUAAAUGCAAUGCCAGACUAUAAAGAAGGUCUCAGGAGGGAUCCAGGGGAUCGCAGGCCUAUCAACGAGCUGUAAAUUCUGCUGAUCAGAUCAGUAAAAUAAUAAUAAAGGACAGAAUUAGUGCCCAACUGAGAA